AUGAUAAGAUCAAUCAUCAAUCAUGAGAAUAUCCUUGAUGAAGACGAUCUUGAUAAACUAGUUUAUCUAAAGUCAGUAGUGAAAGAGACAUUAAGAUUGCAUCCUCCGGCACCACUUGGAGUCCCUCAUCUAGCAACUCAAACAUGCAAGAUAAAGGAGUUCGAAAUUUGCAAAGGAACUAUUGUCUAUGUGAACUUGUGGGCGAUUGGAAGAGAUCCCGAGUAUUGGGAAAACCCCCAAGAGUUUUGUCCCGAGAGAUUUCUAGACAGUGCAAAGAAUAUUGAUUUUAGAGGUCAAGACUUUGGGUUUAUCCCUUUCGGGGCGGGUAGGAGAGGGUGUCCUGGAUUGAACCUAGCAGUUGUAACUGUGGAGCUUGCAUUGGCUAAUUUACUUCACAAAUUUAAAUGGGAGCUUCCUCCUGAGAUGAAGACAAAAGAUAUUGAUUUUGAUGUUAAACCGGGUUUUACCCUGCAUAAGAAAAAUGACCUAAUUCUUAUGCCUAAUUAAGAAUAAUAUUAUCAGUACUGUUGAAAUA